AUGUCUAAAAACCAGCACAAGUGCAGUUUGCCGGUUAAGGAUGAUUCCGGCCUUCCCAAAUUGGCUCCCAAUGCACAUUGGGCUAAAAAACUAGGUAGAGUUUUGAGGAUGUUAAUAGUUGUUAAUCCCAAUCACACCAAGUGCAAGAAACUGUUCCGUAACAAGGCGGAAGCUAGGAAAGAAAGAAAGAGGCACAUCUCCGGUCCCCAUUAUUUUGUGAUUCACCCUCUGAGCACCCUCGACGCAAUUCUGGAUGCGACGUUUGUCAUCUUAUGGCUUUACUUCCUUAUAGUGGAACCAUUAAUAAAUUUCUUAGGUGUUGAAAUAAUUGACAGUAUUGUGGACGUGCACAGAAAAGUGAUGACCCCCAUUCAGCUGGUCUUGAUCUCACUAUUUUUUAACAGAGGAUACAUCGAUGAAAAGAAUAAUCGCAUUGUGUUAGAAUCUAAGAAGAUAAUACGCAGGUAUUUAUUUACGUACUUCAUUUUCGAUUAUCUGAGUACAUAUUUCGCAUUAGAGAUACCGGCAGGUUGGAUAAUACAAAGAGAAGAGAUUAAAAGGAUUGCCGAGAUGACCGCUUAUUUUAUUCGUGUAUUUGCUUACAGCGUCAGGAUUCCUACCGUAAUAGAAUACAUGAAUUAUUCUCUUGGUAAUUUAAAAUUUAAUAAAACGCUGGCAUCUCUCAUCUGCCACACGGUGAAAACUUACCUUAUCCUUCACAUCUUCUCUUUUAUGAUAUUUGUUUUGCCAAUAUUAUAUUAUAUAAUUAGGCAGUCAUUUCCUCGUCGUUCGUGGAUAAUAAAAACUGCUGUUUAUGCAAUGGAACCAACUCAGAAGUAUUUCGCAGCAUUCCGUUUGGUAUUUUGUCUUUUCUUCGGAAUUUCAUAUGUGUAUAUAGAGGUUCUCAACGAACAAAUCUAUGCUGUGAUUAUAUCCUUCACUGGCAGGCUUUACACUCUAUAUCUCCUAGCUGAUAUCUUGAGUAUGCUGGGCAUAACCGGUGUCUCUGAGAGUAAGUACCAACGAAGUAUGUCGUCAAUUCAACACUACAUGGCUAACCAACAUUUGCCAGAUAAUAUAAAACAGAGGGUACUCCGGUAUUGUAAGUUUAAAUUUGAAGGACAAUACUUCGAAGAGAACCAGAUUAGGAGCACUCUAUCCGAUAAUUUGCGUGCAGAACUUUUCCUGUUUAGUGCAAGGAAGAUAAUCCAGAAGGUGGAACUUUUCAAACAAUUACCCCAUUCUGCGAUCGCCAGCAUCAUGGAAGUCAUGAAAUCCGAAACGUUCUCUCCCAACGACAUCAUUGUAACCAUAGGUUCGGAAAUAAGCGAAGUAUAUUUCGUAUCCUCGGGCACUGUGGCCGUCACGAAUUCGGCUGGCUACGAACUGUGCCAUUUGGACGACGGUGAUGAGUUCGGGACUAGUUGUCUUUUCUUUCAGAAGCAGAAAUACGCAGUGGUGGCUAUAGAAACGACAGAGGUGUUUGUCAUAAACAAGAACGAGCUUAUGGAAUUUGUGCACCCUUAUCCUGAUGUGUUGAAUGGAUUUUAUCGUUCAGCCAAGGAAAGGCUUGCCAAAUUGAAACAUUUGGGGGAUCGUGCCGCCACACGAGACAUCGAUCUAUUUCGUGAACUUGAAAGUGGGAAUAUUUUGGAAGCGCGUGAAGCAAGGCUGACCGCUGAUCAUUGA